GAGAAAGCCAGAGAGUUAGGGAGGGAGAGAGUGAGGGAGGGAGAGAGGGCUAAUGUGUGUGUGGCAGCGUGAGCCACCAGCAGCAUGAGGUCACUCCGUUUACUCCGUGUGUUCCUGCUUCCUGCCUCCAUGUUGGCUCUGCUGCUAUUUGUGAGUUCAUACUGGCUACCUCAGGGGGCCCCAGAGGGUUGUAAUUCAGUCUGGAGACCCUGCUUCAGUGUGUACAGCCAAACAAGCAAGCCAGAGCCUCAUGCCAUUGCUGAAAGCAACCAUAUCGCUGAGAAUGACAUCCUCAUGGAAGAGUGUCCUGGGCAGGACUUUCAGGUGUCCCAUCUCUAUUCACACCUGACCUAUGCCUUAGGCCCCGCCUCUGAUGUCAUACUGGAUGAAUACCUGUCCAGCUGGGAGGAGCUUAUCAAGUUCAUGAACUCCCUUGGCGCUCUUGUGAGCUUCUUCUCCCCGAAAGUCCAGGAAAAGAUCACACUCUUACGUGACCUCUCCUCUCCCUCCUCUCACAUUGCCCGGAGCGCCCUGUGGCAGCAGCGCCUCAACAAUGCUGCUGCUGUGGACGCCCCUCUCCCCCUAGACGCAGGUACCUACCACUCUGUCCGCUCCAUGCUGGACGGCGAGCUGGGCGCCGGCCUGGUGGACUUCAGCCGGCACACUCCGUCAGGCAGUCGUACUUUGCUGCGGCUCCACCGCUCGCUGCUCUGGCUGCGGCUGCUCCUCGAUAAGCUCCACGAGGGCCCUGAUGCCGAGGGCCACCUGCGCUCGCCCGGGGAGCUGUGCCGUGAGGCCUACCGGCAGGCCCUGGCACCGCACCACCCGUGGCUCCUGAGGCAGGCCGCCGAGGUGGCGUUCGGUGCCAUGCCGGCCCGGAAGGUGUUCCUGGAGCUGGUGUGCGUGACCUCGCAGGAGGAGGCCAAACCGGUGAUGCGGACACUGGUCGCUGCCAUCAAGAAAGUGCAUCACAGGACUCAGAGGAUGCUGGAGGAGAGAAACAUGCUGGAACUGCCCUAGGGAUGGGGAGGAAGGGAAGGGAACAGAAAAAGACAAAUUGAGUGAGGGAGGUGAAGUGGAAAUGAGUGGAGGAGAGAACUGGAGUCUGAGGGGAAAAAAUAUGUAAAGAGAGAAAAAGAGCUCUACAAGUGUGAAAGCUGUGGAACAAGGGAUGAAGAGUGUAGGAAAGGCAAAGGGCAAGGAAGGAGAAAGAGAGGGAAGAGAAAUAUAGGGGGAGAAAGAGAAAGAAAGCUGAAUGAAUGAUUUUAUGAGCUAAAGAUCCCUAGGACCACGCCUUAUAACAACGUAAAAGAUGUCUCUAGCAGGUCUAUGGCAUUGGCACUGUCAUGGCAUAAGAACACACUUUGUAAUUAACUAUUAAUCCAAUAUUUUCUUUUAUUUUUGAAGCCUGCAAGUUAUUGUGUGCAGUACUCGUGGCUGCAUCAAUUGAACAGCAUUUUACAAAGAAAAUCCACCAUUACGGACGUCAAUCCCGUUUUCCACUGUUUAAGUGUGCGUUUUACUAAAAGUUGGCUAAUAAAGCAAACGUAGCACAAGUGCACAGCAAUCAUAACCGCCUGUUCUUGUUCACUGAGUAAAUAUAAACUGCAAUGAAGAGGUGAGAGCAGGAAAAUAAUGCGUGCAAUGCACAUUAUGGGUCAUUUCAACCGGACUGAAAAUGAUCUUAUUAUUAUUAUACUGUAGAGAUUGCUGUGAGUGGACAGCAACCAGCCUAUUAUUUGUGAAGACAAGACACCGCUUUGUGAAGACAAGACCGAAACAUUGCUGUUUUACGCAGCAUAAUGGUUUAAGCUAGCCAAGGCUUAGGGCCUAACUUUAUGUUAUUGUUUUGUUAUUUUGCUCUUCCUGGCCGUUUUGCGUUUCUUGGGGAGUCAAGAUUCCGGGUCGACCUCAAUAUCCUGAUCGCGGGUCCAUAAAGUGAAACGGCACUUCCUGUUUUAACCACAAGAUGGAGAUAGUAGGCGCAUCGAGAGUUACACGACUGGAUUAAAGUUAAUUAUGCCUACGUCUAAAUCUGUGAUAUAACAAGACUACGUCACACGCUCGCGCUAGUAGUGGAGGCACACGCAAACCCGGCGGUGAUUUUUCCCUUUUACUCGAAGAGACUUUAAAAAUAGAACGGUGCAUCACACAGAACACUCACAUGCGGAGCCUUACUCUGGUGUUCAAGGGCUAGUAUUGAAUUUUAUUUGUUAUUAUCACAAGAGUUUUUCAUGUCUAAGACACCUGUGUGGCUGCGUUUGUGUAGCCUAUUAGGGUGUUGUUCACAUACUCAGAUCAGUAUACUAAGAAUCACUCACUGUGACUUUUUGAGAUUAAAAAUACUAAUUGCACAAUGCAAUUUAGUCCUACCAUCUGAUUCCACCCUUCCAUUUCAUGUAGUCAUAGGAUACAGAAAGGGUACAGACAUGGGGUACUCAUAUGUCUAAUGUGUAGGCUACACUCUCACUCACACAUACCCAGAGUAUGCACAUUCUUUACAGCUGAGGUUAUUCAGAGUAUGACUCAGCUCAACACCGAUGUAUGACCUAUGAUUAGUUUAUUGAUUGACUGUUAAUUAGUGUUGUGCUAUCAGGUCAUCAGCUCCUUUACUGACUGAGUAGAAGCGGAAGCUUUAGGACCUCAGGUGACCUUUGACUCCUUGAGAACCAGGCUCUCUCCUCCUGGUGAACUAUGUGCGUGUGUCUGCCUAUCUUCCUCUGUCAACACCUAGACAGAUAUAAUGUUAAUAAUAAUAGUAAUAUUAAGAAUGUAUUAAUUGUAUGUUAUUUAGCCUACAAAAAAUGGAUUGUUACACUAUGUAUGUACUGUAUACCAACGACAGCAUGUGUGUGUGUGUGUGUGUGUGUGUGUGCAGGGACAGAAGUGUUUUGGGGAUUAUGUGUGCACCACUUGGGGAAAGGUUGUGUCUGGUUUUAGGGGAACAGUUUGUAAGCAUUGUGUGAGUGUGUGUUUUGUGUGUGUGUGUGUGUGUGAGAAAGAGAGAGAAAGAGAGAGAUAGUGAGUGAGUGGGCAGAGAAUGUGGAGUUGAUGUGUGUACGUUUAUGAGUGGGCGGAGUCAGUCAGAACAAAGUGUGUGCUCACUGAUCUGGAUUAUAGUCAAUGGGAUUA